UAAGAAAGGAUUCUGGAACCAUGGUUUGCAUGAUGUUCUACCUCUCUUCUCUUGUAAUAAUACUAGCCGCAAUGCAGGGAAUCCAUGCAGUCGAAUAUAAUGUCACCAACAACUCGACCACUGGGAGUCGAUACAGCAAUGAAAUUGGAGAUGAUUACAGCAAGCAGACAUUGAUGUCCGCCACGAGUUUCAUAUGGGGCCUCUUCCAGCAAAACUGCACCGAGGGGGACAGAAAGGACGUGAAAACUGUGAGCUUCUUCAUCGAAAACAUGGAUGGAGUUGCCUAUGCUGAGAACAAUGAGAUUCAUCUGAGUGCCAACUAUAUAGAAGGUUACUCAGGUGACUUGAAGAGGGAAUUCAAUGGGGUAAUAUAUCAUGAAAUGACACACAUAUGGCAGUGGAAUGGAGACGGGAAGGCCGAUAUUGGAGGGUUGAUAGAAGGGAUAGCAGAUUAUGUGAGGUUGAAGGCCGAUUAUGCGCCGAGCCACUGGGUGCAACCUGGGCAGGGUGCCCGGUGGGAUCAGGGAUACGAUGUGACAGCCCGGUUCCUUGAUUAUUGCGACAGUUUGAGAAAUGGAUUUGUGGCAGACCUUAACAAGAAGAUGAAAAAUGCUUAUAGUGACAACUACUUUGUUGAGCUGCUAGGGAAGACAGUUGAUCAGCUCUGGAUUGACUAUAAGGCCAAGUACAAUAACUAGGCAUGCUUGUUUAUGGCUAAAAUAAAUUUUAUAAAUUGUUGUACUAGUGAUUUGCUAUCAUUAUGAAGUCAGUCAGU